CGUAUAUCUUCUCUUCCCUGGAAACUACCUCUCACUCUCCGAUCAAACCCUCUGAGCUUUCUCUCUCUCUAUCUCUCUACAAGUUUAUAGCUAAAGGCCUCAUCGUCUUUGUUUCGAUUAAAUGCCCCAAAUCGAUCUUGAAACCAUGGUUUCUUCAGUAUGCGCCGGUGGCUCCGACCGGAAGAUCGCGUGCGAGACUCAGACCCUCGCAAACGACGAAGACGACUCCUCCGCUCAUGACCGGAUGAUCCUACCCGUUUCCAUCUCCGCCGCGAGUCCGAUCGAUUUUCCACCGGAGUCUUACUCAUUAUCCAAAGAAGCACAGCUCGAGUGGUUCAACGAAAACGCCUUCUUCGAGCGCAAAGAAUCACAGAAAGGAAACUCUUCUUCUGCUCCCAAUUCGAAUCCCAAUUCAAACCCUAAUUCGAACCCCAAUACGAGCUCUCAGAGAAUUUCUCUCAAAUCCAAGACGUCGAUCAUCAGAUUGCCCAAACCGCAAAAGACGUGUUUCAACGAAGCGAAGAAACGGAGAAAUUGUAGAAUCGCGAGGACUCUAAUGAUCCCUAAACGGAUCGGAUCGCGAUUGAAAUCGGAUCAUUCGUUACCGGAGCCUUCUUCUCCGAAAGUCUCUUGCAUUGGCAGAGUGAGAUCCAAACGGGACCGUAGCCGCCGAAUGCAAAGACAGAAAUCCGGUCGAACCGAUUCGUUUAAGGAUAAACCGGUUCGGGUCAAGAAACCCGGGUUUUUCGCGAGCUUCAGAGCCAUCUUCAGAACCGGAGGCGGUUGCAAAAAUUUAUCGGCUAGUGGAGCACACGCGCCGCAGAGGGAAGCCACCACUCCGUCGAGAGUUUCGGCGAGAAGGUCGAGCGAUAUUAGAGGUCGGCUUCCGCCGGAAGACGUCGGAAAAUCCUCGCCGCCGAGGAAUAGCAUCGGUUCGAGAAAAUCUGUGGACGGCGGCGAACCGGGAAUGCCCGGUUUAGGGGGGAUGACGCGGUUUACUUCGGGAAGAAGACCGGAUUUGUUGGUAGACGUUUGACGUGGCGUGACGUGCGGCGUUUAAGGUGUGGAGGGGUUAGAAUGGUGGGACCCAAUCCCGUGUUUUAAGCAUACGGAGAAAACAAGGAUCGUGAUUGGUUGGUUGGCUUUUACUGGGCUUUAUGGGGCCCAAGGGCGUGUGCUAUUUGAAAAGUCGUUAGUGCUGACGUGGCGAGUGGUUAAACGGAGUUAGGAACACGGCAUUACAUAAAACGCGGGCACUUUUGAUUUGAUUUCUCGCGUUUUCAACCACUUCCACCGUUUUGUAUAUCAUACUAUAUUAUAUGGUGCCUUUUUUUUUUUCUUUAAGACUUUUGAAUUUGAUUUUUGCUUUAGGUGUUGUUAUUUCUUUGUAUAUGUGUUUUCUUUUAGAAUGGAAUGCAGAAUGUAACAUACAUGACGA